AUGACAAGUACCAAUGGAACAGACUAUGGUGCCUACACGUACAAGGAGCUUGAGAGGGAGCUCUACUGGCCAUCCGAGAAGCUGAGGAUAUCAAUUACCGGCGCCGGAGGUUUCAUCGCUUCCCACAUUGCUCGCCGUCUGAAGCACGAGGGUCACUACGUCAUUGCUUCCGACUGGAAGAAGAACGAGCACAUGACCGAAGACAUGUUCUGCAGCGAGUUCCACCUUGUUGAUCUCAGGGUCAUGGAGAAUUGCCUCAAGGUCACUGAUGGUGUUGACCACGUCUUCAACUUGGCUGCUGAUAUGGGCGGUAUGGGUUUCAUCCAGUCCAACCACUCCGUCAUCAUGUACAACAACACCAUGAUCAGCUUCAACAUGAUUGAGGCCUCUAGGAUCAAUGGGAUUAAGAGAACUAAAGAUUGGACCUUUUUUUGUCUUCCGUGUGUGUUUCAGGUUCUUCUAUGCUUCGAGUGCAUGUAUCUAUCCGGAAUUCAAGCAGCUGGAAACUACCAAUGUGAGCUUGAAGGAGUCAGAUGCCUGGCCUGCAGAGGUGUGUGUUACUCUGAUGAUUAUCGUUCGUAUCCUCAAGAUGCUUAUGGUUUGGAGAAACUUGCGACGGAGGAGCUGUGCAAGCAUUACAACAAAGAUUUUGGAAUUGAGUGCCGCAUUGGAAGGUUCCAUAACAUUUACGGUCCUUUUGGAACAUGGAAAGGUGGAAGAGAGAAGGCUCCAGCUGCUUUCUGCAGAAAGGCUCUCACUGCCACAGAUAAGUUCGAGAUGUGGGGAGACGGGCUUCAAACCCGCUCCUUUACUUUCAUUGAUGAGUGCGUUGAAGGUGUACUCAGGUUGACAAAAUCAGAUUUCCGUGAGCCGGUGAACAUCGGAAGCGAUGAGAUGGUGAGCAUGAAUGAGAUGGCUGAGAUGGUUCUCAGCUUUGAGGAAAAGAAGCUCCCGAUUCACCACAUUCCAGGUCCAGAAGGUGUUCGUGGACGUAACUCAGACAACAAUCUGAUCAAAGAAAAGCUUGGUUGGGCUCCAACGAUGAGAUUGAAGGAGGGGCUUCGAAUAACCUACUUCUGGAUAAAGGAACAGAUUGAGAAAGAGAAAGCAAAAGGAAGUGAUGUGUCUCUUUACGGGUCAUCGAAGGUGGUUGGGACUCAAGCACCGGUUCAGCUCGGCUCUCUCCGCGCGGCUGAUGGAAAAGAGUGA